AUGACUAAAAGUAAAGAUGAACUUUCAUCAUGUGUAUCUUAUGAUACUGUAUCUCCACACCUUACAUCAACUUAUUUUUCACCCCAAUAUGAAUUUCAAGAACAAUCUGAAUUUACUAAUAAUUCACACCAAAAUGAGGAUAUUGUGCAGAUUACUCUUGAUCAAUUUUUAAAAGCUCCAGACAUUGAAAUAUUGACAAACAAUGUAGUUAAUUCAAAACCAUCAAAUAAUGGAAAUGAAAAAAAUCAACAAAUUGAAAAAAAUUCAGGAAUAAUAAAAUCAGAUAAAUCAAUACAAACUAUACCCUCUAUGUUUGCUAAAUUGGACUCUCAUAAGCUAGUUAAACAACAAAAAUUGGUUGUUGAAGAUUGUCAAGCCUUGACUAUUGUAGAAAGACUGAAAUUUCAUAUGUGGACAAGCAUGCAUUGUCUCUAUAUUGGUAUAACAAUCUAUUGGCUAUCAAAAAACUUUGAGUUGUAUCAAGCAGUUUUAACAAUAGAAGAGUUUCCUUAUUCACAUUCAGGAGAACGUCAAAAACAAUUUUUAUUUAAAAUUUUUGAGUAUUGGAAUAUACGUGAUAAAUUAAUUAGAGGAACUACUGAUAAUAACAAAUCAGUUGUUAAAGGAAUGCGAUUACUUGAAAUACCUCAUACACGUUGCACUGCCUAUACAAUCCAGUUAGCUAUUAAAGAUGGACUUAGUGCAUAUGAUAAUAUUCUAAAAGACUCUGAGUUGCCAUUAUUAGAGAAUGAAAAUUCUGAUUUAGAACCUGAAAAUUUGUUUGAAUCAUUAGCACAAUCAAAGGCUGUAAAGCAGCUUGCAAAGUCAUUAAACUAUCAUUCUGAAUAUCAACAAAAAAAAGAUGAACAAAAUUUAAGUGGAAAAUUACUUUCUGAAGAAGAAUGGAAUGAAUUAGAGGAUUUAUUAAAACUUUUGUCACCUUUUACUCAAUCAACAAAAUUAAUUAGAGUAUUCCAAAUAUUUGUUAACGAAUUGAAAACUCCAUUAAUGAAAAAAAAAAGAGUUCAAGAUAUGUUGUUAGAAAUGAUAGAAGCAAUAGCUAAUGCUGUAAAUACCCUAGUACAAAUGGAAAUGGAUCAGCUUUAUGAUAGUGUUCAACUUGAUUUCCAGUAG